AAAUUCUGUGAAAACAUGAACAAUACUCACCUGCCAAUAGUGAUGAGUGAAGAGGAAAAUGAGUUUUUGAAGCAACUUUUAGGAACAAGACACGCAACUGGCGAAAUACAGUUCUGGAUGGACGGAUCUGAUAUGAACAAGGAGGGGGUCUGGAAAUGGAACAGCACGGGGGAGAGUUUUGAAGUAACAGAUUGGUUUCCGGGAGAGCCCAAUCAAAGUAACGGAGAAGAAGACUGUCUCACAUUUUAUACAAGAUAUGAUAUGAGAUGGAAUGAUGAGCAUUGUGACAGACUAUUCCCAUUUCUGUGUGAACGAGAGAGCGUUAGUGCAGGAAUCGUGGGCUGACGUCAUACCAGCAAAUACAUGAUAUUGCUUGACUGUAUAAAAUAUCAAACAAAUUCUCAUAUA